UGCCCUCUUCAUAGAUAUUCUUCAACAGAUUAAAGAUCUCCUUCCACAACUUGUUCCUAGCUUUUAAGUUGAAAGAAAUAGUCUCUCUGUGUUACGAAGCAAUUCUUGAAUUCACAAUGGCGAUGGAAUGGUGUCCUCAAGCUGCCUUGCAAGCUUACCUCCACACUCUUCACCUGUGUAAAGAUCAAAGCAAUCAAGAUUGCAGCAGCACUUUUGGAAGCACAAGUUGCAUCAUAGAGCCAAAAUGCAUGGAGUUUGUAUCCGCUUUGGCAGCUGGGAAGAAAGCAAGGUUAAUGGUACAGAUCACAUCCGAAGGCGUAACGCCGCUGACUGUUUCACUGGCUGUGGCUGCAAAGCAGACCGGAGGCCGCCUCAUCGUCUGCAUCACUCAGCCUCUUAGUCAUCAUCACGAGUAUGUGGAGAAAAUGAGCAAAAUCCUAUUUCUGGAAAAUGGCCUUGAUGGUGUUGUUGAAUUUGUGUAUGGUAUUGAUCCUUGUCUGGUGGUGAAGCAGUUCAAGGAUAUUGAUUUUGCGGUCAUCGACUGCAAGAUUGAAGAGCACUUGAAGGUGUUAAGGAUUAUGAAUCUAAAUCCAAAUGGUAGCAUGGUGGUACUGAAUAAUCUUCAUCAGUCUAAAAGAGGUGGUGGAGGUGCGUUUCCUGAUCAGGUUUUUAAGCAAAAGAAAGGGUAUGAAUCUGUGACACUACCUAUUGGAGAAGGGAUGGAGUUGACAAGAUUCAGAUCAAAUGGCAAGUACCAGAGCAAGAGAUGCAAGAGGUUUCAUGUAACAUACGAAGAUUGAAUCCAACCUUAAUUUGUAUGUAAUUUCAGGUUUCCUUGUAAAAAAAAAAAAAAAAACCAAGAGUCGUCUACCUUUGUUCAUUAAUUUAAUACAAUGAAUCAAUGUAUGACCUUACUUAUAUGCUACAACUCAGCCAUUUAUACAUUUGAGACUGUUUCAUUGACUUUA